UUGUCAUGGACGCAAUAACAUGUAAACAUUAAGGUGUGGACAGACAGGUUGAUUGUUAACGUGGAUAUAUAGUGGAUUAAACUCCAGAUUAUCCCUAAUUAAUAACCAGUCACCCAUAGUUCACAUCACCAGCAUCACCAUGGAGAUUGACCCACAUGUCAACGAGCAUUUCUAUACAACAAACAGUACCUAUGGCAACUGGAAAGGAUCUCCAAGUCAAGUUUUGACAACAUUCACUAAGGCAGGACUACAGGCGCCAUCUAGCUACACACAUAUCCCCACCAGGGGGCCUUUAACAAACAUCGGCACAAAACUCCAUCCAAAUGCCGAAUCAGUCCCCUUUCCCAUGUCCAAUAUCGAGGUCCGUAAUGACUUCAUAAAGGGACAUGGCGCUCUUACAAACACAGGCACAGAUUUGUACUCUGACGUCCAAGGUCUCUGGUCAAACAGCAACUUUAACUCCCCACAUGCUAAACUUGAUCGUGGAGAAUACACUUAUUCCAAUCUCCAAGGAGCAUGGGCCAGGGUUGGCCCAGAUAUAUACCGCUCAACCCAUCCAGGUUGGAGCUAUAACCGCUGGGAGGACCCCCCUUCAAGGACAAUCCCUCAAAAAUUCCAAGACAGAGACUUUAAACCACACGGUUCAACCAUUCAGUCUCAUCGCGAUACACAACCUGAUCCCAGAAUGAUGAACUCCAAUACAAGGGGAGUAAUUGGAACAGCCAGAGGAAGUAUGCAGUUCCCAAAAGCCCCUAUGUCACAAGAGGAGGUGUUCAAAUUAAGGAGGUCACAUCAUGUUUAUGGGUAUAUGACCCAUGAUGACUGGUACUAAUCAAACUGAUUGAAAAUAUCACAUUGUCUUGCCUUUUCAAGCCUGAUUAUGAAAUGAGAGGGUUAAACAUGGAUAAGUUAAGGUAGGCAAAGACAAAGAACUUUUGCAUGAUGUCCAAGUAAAAUGUCCAACUUAAUUAGUGGAAAUCCUACCAAUCUGCUUACCUAAUUCCUGAGAUAAAAAUAAACAGAAAUGUGUCUCCUAAAAGUCUUAAGGUGGACAAAGUGUACAAAAUUUUGAGACAAGUACAUGCACAAUAUUGUCACACUGUCUGCCUUAAUAUCAAAAGAGUAAGCAGCCAAAUAAUUUGCUCUCUUAAGGUGGGCAACUUUGAACCAUAUUUAUACAUGACAAUUAUUGUACACAAAAAUGUGGUUUACUAUCUUAAGGAGGGCAGUGUCUUAACUUUUCAGACA